CAAUCCUCCGUUGCGAACUUCCCACACCACGUCAACACACAGCUCGAAGGGUAGCCGUGACCGACUACAUUCCACCGGAGAGCAGACACUGUAGCAGCUAUGGGGUUGUUCAUUUUGAGCGAGACGAGUGCGGGUUAUGCCCUGUUCAAGUCCAAGGAUAAGAAGCUGCUCGGAAAGGGCGACGAGCUCGUCAAGGAUGUCUCGUCUAUAGUAGAGGCAUUGAAGCUCAAGCGCUUCCAGAAAUUCGAGAAUGCUGUUACUGCGCUCAACGAAGCCGCGGCCCUGACCGACGGCAAGGUCAGCCCAAUGCUGUCUAACCUGCUGCAGGAGCUCAAGGACGAGACCAAGGCAUCGCUGGUCGUCGCUGAUCCUAAGCUCGCAAAUGCUAUUGCCCAAGUCCCUGGCCUGUCGUUGAAGCCCAUCUCCGACUCUUCGACUCAAGAUGUGUACCGUGCGAUUCGCGAACACUUCACUUCGCUCAUCCCAGACCUCAUCCCCGCUGAGAUGGACUCGACCCGCCUCGGUCUUGCGCAUUCGCUCUCACGACACAAACUGAAGUUCUCCCCAGAUAAGGUGGAUACCAUGAUCAUUCAGAGUAUCGCUAGUCUCGAUGUGCUCGAUAAGCAGCUUAACACCUACGCCAUGAGAGUGAAGGAGUGGUACGGAUGGCACUUCCCCGAGCUUGCCAAGAUCUUGAACGACAACCUCGCAUACUCGAAGGUUGUGCUCAAGAUGGGUUUCCGCACAAACGCACGAGGCACGGAUCUCUCAGCCAUUCUGCCCGAGGAAAUCGAGGCGGCUGUCAAGGGGGCUGCUGAAAUCAGUAUGGGUACUGAAAUCACCGAGGAGGAUCUGGAAGCCACCAGCGCAUUGGCUGAGCAGGUCGUUGAUCUUACCGAACAUCGUCAGAACCUUGGCAACUACCUCACCACACGCAUGCAGGCACUCGCGCCUAACCUAACUGCGCUUGUUGGUGAGCUGGUCGGUGCACGCCUCAUUGCGCACGCUGGAUCUCUCAUGAACCUCGCCAAAUCCCCUGGUUCCACUAUUCAGAUUCUCGGUGCUGAGAAGGCCCUGUUCCGAGCGCUGAAGACGAAGCAUGACACCCCCAAAUACGGUCUGAUCUACCACGCGUCUCUCAUCGGUCAAGCAACAGGCAAAAACAAGGGCAAGAUCGCUCGUAUGCUCGCCGCCAAGUCCGCUCUCGGUCUCCGCGUCGACGCUCUGAGCACAUGGGGUAUUGCAUCCGAAGAUGCCUCCAACGAGCCCACCGAGGAAGAGAAGUCGCAACUUGGUCGCGACGCACGACUCAACAUUGAAAGGAGACUGCGCGCCCUGGAGGGCAAGCCGCUCAAGAGCCUAGCCAACGCUAACCAGACUGCGCUUGGUGGGCAGACGAAGUGGGAAGUCAAGGAGGCGCGGAAAUACAAUCCUGAUGCUGACGGCUUGACGGGUGAUGAGCCCGCAGCGAAGAAGUCCAAGACGGACAAGGUCAACGGUACAACGCCUAAGAAGCUUGUUCAGGAAGUCGAGUCCUCAGACGAAGACGAGACCAUGGCGGACGUCGAUGCCUCGGACUCGGACUCAGACUCAGACUCUGAGGAGAAGGUCACCAAGGCCACCAAGGGCGACAAGAAGUCCACACAGAAGUCUGCGCAGAAGGCCGAGAAGGAAGCAAAGAAGGAAGCUAAGAAAGCACGAAAAGCACAGCGUACGGCUAAGCGGGAAGCCAAGGUGGCGAAGAAGGCUGCAAAGGAAGCGAAGAAGGCGGCGAAAGAGACAAAGGAGCCAAAGAAGAGGAAGGCGGAUGAUGGCGAGGAGAAGGGCGAGAAGAAGAAGCAGAAACAGAAGAAGAGCAAGGAUUAGAUGUAUGAGGCUGUUUGGUUAUAGGAGAUGUGUAACGCGUGGAUGUUGCUGUAUGUUUGGCCAUGUGAACUGAAAAUGGGCAAGGCGUUCUUCGGGUUUGAGCUUGCUAUCUUUAGGCGAGUGGCGCAGCGGACUUGGGGCAUUUGUACAUUUCUUCAUCUUCUGCUGCAUGCUGUUGGGGGAGUGGUUAGUAUGGU